ACUGUGAUCGUGGUGAAUUUGAUCUUGAUUUGGAUUAAUCUAGUUUUCAAGUCGGCAUUCGCCAGAUGUUUCAUAACCAAAUUUUCAAACAGUGACUCCGCGACUAAAUUCCACAAAAUCAAACCAAAAUGGACGACAAUGAGUACGAUUCCUUGGGAGCCACUGAGAAAGGUCCUAACGAGAAAGUGCCACUGAUUCAACAUGGAACGUCAAGAUACAAGCCAAGGUGCCCAAUAACAGUGGAACCAGUCAUGUUUCUUUAUUUUCUGGGAACAGUUGCUACGGCGCCACUGGCAACACAGUACCUUCACGCCAAGGUAGCAGACGACCUUCACUUCGACCCCGUGCAGUACCAUAGCAACCAGUCAGAGGACAUCUCCAUCUGCCUUUUGAACGCGUCAGACCCAGUGGUUAAGAUGGAACAACUAGUGCAGGAAAUAUCGUCUGGCUGGCUUCAGAAGUUCAGCCUAGCAACGAUGAUUCCCGCCAUAAUCGUCACGACGUUUUAUGGUUCGUACAGCGAUAAGGGAGGACGGAAAUUCUGUAUUCUGCUUCCCUGUGUCGGAAGUUUCAUCAAAAAUGUGUGCAACAUCAUCGUGGUCACUUUCAAAUUGGACAUCUUUUGGCUUGUUAUCACUUGUGUCAUUGAAGGUAUGUUCGGGUACUACGCCACUAUCCUCAUCGGGGGCAUGUCAUACAUUGCUGAUAUCACAACGGAGAAGCAACGUGCUUUCAGAAUUCUAGUCUUAGAAGUCAUGUUAUGGCUUGGUUCGGCCAUUUCCCAGGUGAUCAUUGGCUAUUGGGUUAAGGCUGACCCAACUUUCCUUGGACCAACAGUAUUCAUUACAGUAUUAUACGGGGUAUCUGCCUUAUACACGUUUUUUCUAAUCACAGAAACUGUAGAAAAAGAUCCAGAAGCACGCUUCUUCACUCUGGACAACGUCAAGGCAAUGCUUCUUAUGUACGCCCGUGCCCCAAAUGGAGAAGAUCCGUCACGCGUUUGGAAAAUACGGACUCUUUGCUUCACUAUGCUCUUCGGGACAAUGUCCCUCGUGGCCACGUCGACCGUAGACGUUUUGUACGAACUCAACUUUCCGUUCUGUUGGACGUCUACGAAGAUUGGAUGGUAUACCGCGGCGGUCUCCGUUGCCACACAGGUGGCUGGGCUCUUGACGCUGCCACUGUUUAAGCGGUGUAAGAUGCCCGAGCCCGUGAUAAUGAUGAUCGGUACGAUGAGCGCUUUACUUUGGAAGGGUAUGGUGGCAUUUGCAAACCAUGACUGGGAAAUGUACGUUGCCGGUGGUCUUGGCGUACUUGGGAUCCUCCUAGUCCCUGUGCUGCGUGCCGUCAUGUCCGAGCAGGUCUCCGCUCACGAACAAGGCACUUUAUUUGCGAGUAUUGCUUCCAUAGACUGUGCUUGCUCUCUGCUCGGUGGCGUCUUGUUUUCUACCGUAUACGAAUACACUGUGAUGUACUAUCGUGGCGCCGUCUACCUGACAAUGGUUGGCAUGUAUACCAUAGCUCUAAUUGCUAUAUUGUAUUACUUCAUAAGGUCUAGCAGAGAACGAAAACAGAAUAUGGUGAAGAAAAGUUGUUUCUCCGUUCACAACCAUGAUGACAUGUGUGUUCAAGUGACGGCGUUCCCUGAGCCCAAAGAGACAUAACAGAUACCUCUUCAA